AUGACUGAAGCAACUCAACAACCAAAUGAAAAUACAAAUACUACAAAGUUUAAUUAUUUAGAUACUUUUUUCUCAUUUUAUUUGUCUUUUUUUAGCACAACAUUUUAUAUUGAACAUCAACGCGUUUCUGUUAAUGAUAUUGGUAAUCAUGUUGGUGAUGCAAAUCCAAGAUUUGGAGUUGUUAGAGAUCGAUUAUUUCAUGCAAUGCUGGUCCGCCUUUCACUUCCCUACUACACAAAUUUUCCUCCACUUUUUCGAAGAAUUUUUGAAUUUCUUACCUUAUUUAAUGCUCUAGUUUUCUUAUCAAUUUUAAUUUAUACUCAUUUUCUUGCUGCACAUUAUCCUGCAAGUUGUUUAAAUGAAAUAAAACAGACUUGGCCAUUGAAGGGAAUUGUAAGGAUUGAGAUUGUUCACGAUAAUUUGCCAAAAUUUAAAAAUUAUAUGUUAAGAACUAUUGAUAAAGAAGAGCAAUCUUCUGGUAUCUGUCGAUUCGAUGAAGAUUUCUAUACGUGUUUUUUGAAUCCUGCUGAAGUUUUAAAAGGAUAUGGUUUACCUUCUGAAUUAAAAAAUCCAUUUAAAACUGUUGAUCCAAAAAAUUUACUUAUUACUUCACAGCCCGAUCGUGUUAAACGUCCAAGAAAAUUUUUAUUUCCAUUUAUGGUUGAUUAUUUUUAUUGGGUGAUGGAUAAAUUUCGAAAAUUUCAACAAAUUUUUGAUGAAGAAUUUAUUUGA